CGCAGGAAUCUCAGUAAUAACCGUACGUGCGUGCCGUACGCUGAAGCGUGCUACUCGUACUCGGGCGUACAAACGAGAAAGGGGCUCUAUAGAAAAUUUCCGUGUCCGUGAAAGAUGUUUCCCGACAGAGACAUGCCAGACGGGGUUCGCGUUCGCUAGCAUUUCUAUUCACAAUAGGGAGCACCGAUAUUUUGCGAGCUAAAUGUAUUCGAGGAAUCGACGUGUCGAGGGCAGACUGCACGCGAACCGCCGCCGCCGUACCUGACAGUCCACGCGGCCCGGCCCCAAAACACUUUCUCCUCGCUAUAUACACACGACAAAUCGCAUCGUGUUUCAUUCACACCGCGAGCGCCACUGGCAAUGUCGGGAAGUGACAGUCCAACAUUCUUUCACGGCCAGCCCUGGUCCAGCUGGAUAGAAAGAAUAGGACGAGACAAGCCGUUGAGCGAUGAAGAAACAGAAGGUCAACUCUCUAGCUCAGUUACGCGUCUUGCAGCAGAAGACAUUGAUUUAUAUGGAUUUUGCCCAGAGAGGGACAGUUUUUACACGGUAGUGUGUGAAACAUGCCACGCCAUAGUUAAACCACAAGCUCUUAUACAACAUAUGGAAAGUCGCCAUCCUUCCGGCACGGUCAAUUUUCCAACUCCCUCCACCCCGGUCGUAAAGCCUCCCGUGAAAACGCCCUAUUGCAAAGUGUCGAAAUUGAAAAAGGCGCAGUCGUCGCCGCAGAUCACGACCGGGACCGCCAAGAUCAAUCACACGAACGUGAAACGGAACUCGGAGCAGCCUAGCGUGCCCACGAGCCUGUCGUCGACGUCGUUGCCGAUCGUCACGUCGCCGCGAUCGCCCCUCGAGUCGCUGCCGGUUCAGGCCGCGAACGCGACCGGGACCACGGUAUCGUCCAGUCCCGUGAAGAGCCCUGGAACGACAGGCGGUCAGACUCGCCGGAAAAGGCUCAAGACGGACAGGUCGCUGCUCAAGGAUCGCGAGUACGAUCCCGAUCGUCACUGCGGCGUCUGGAACGACGAGACCGGGAAGCCUUGCACCAGGUCGCUCACGUGCAAGGCGCACACGGUCUCGCUGCGACGGACGGUCCUCGGUCGGAGCAAAACCUUCGACAAGCUGCUCGCGGACCACCGCGCCGCGAAAGAGAUACCGAACAGGCCGACGAAGGUGACCGUAACCGGCACCGUGACCGUAUCCUCCGCCACCUCGAACCUCAACCCCCUGACACCCAACACCCCCGCCUUGACCGUCGAAACGGAAGCGCCCACCUCGCCGCCCGUUCUAUCGCUGCCAGACACGUAUCCACUGCCAAAGGCUGUUGAUUUGCUUUAUCGGUGUCUGGCCCCGCAUGGCUCCACUAAACCUACCAAGCUCGAAGAGGACUUCGCCAACGAGGAGCUGAGGAGCCUGGAGUCGUCGAUAGUGAACUCGACCGGUUCGUCGCAGUCGAGCUCGAUGAUGGCGCCGAUAUCGGUGGUGUUGCCGUCGUUGUCGCCGCUGCCAGCCGCCAGCAACGACGACGACGAGUCGUCGGUGGCGACGUUGGUGCCCAGCACCGCGUCCCCGGCGAUACCGGUCGUUCCAGCGUCGUUGCCGGCCGCUUGCGCACAGCCUCCGUUGGCCACCGGUGUCCUGGAGGCGGAGACGCCCGUGGACAUCGAUCCCGAGGCCGCCAUGACCAUCUACUCGCCGGUGUACAAGGACAAGCCGCAACUGGUGAUGCAGUUGCCACGCUCGAACAAUAUCGCUCAUUCGCCGGUGUCCAGGAGCUACCAGGUCCAGGCCUCGAUGCCCAGCCUCAUAUUCGAGCCCAUCGAGCAACUGGAGCAGCUGGAGCAACUGGAGCAGCAACACGCGCCCCAGAUCAACGGGAAGAGACUGAACCACGCCACCACCCACGCGGCCCAUCCGAGUCCCGUGAGCCAACGACAGCCCAAGAGGACCAAGCACGACUACCAGCAGGAUCUGACCACGGCGAUACAGGUCGAGGCGACCACCACCUCCUCGCCAUAUCCCCAUUUCGGCGACAUCGCCUGGUCGAACUGUCACCCGGAGCCACUGGCGGUCAGUCGGUGGCUUCGCAUUUCGUCCAGCCGUAAGCAGUACAACUUUAAUAUUCACUGACACAAGACCCCGCCCACUCCAGGCUGAGGACCACGCGA